AUGGCUAAGUUUCCAGAAAUCGAGGGCGGCGGCUCUCUGAUGCUCGCCUGGCAGAUCCGCAACAAGCUGGUUCUCAUGGUCGGCGGCGGCGAGGUUACUGCCGGUCGCAUCUUGAACCUCCUCAAUUCAGAUGCCAAAAUCCGCCUCAUCAGCCCUCGUGACGGUCUCAACGAUGAAGUUGCCUAUCGCGUGGAGCAGGGCCUUGUCGAGUACAUCGACCGUACAUUCGAGCCCUCGGAUCUCGACGACCCCAACAUUGCCAUGGUCAUGACCGCCAUCGACGACCCAGAAGCCUCGACCAUGAUCUGGAAGCUGUGUAAAGAGAAGAGAAUCGUUGCCAAUAUUGCCGAUGUCCCUCCAGAGUGUGACUUCUACUUCGGCAGUCAGUACAGAGAUGGCCCAUUGCAGAUCAUGGUCAGCACCAGUGGAAACGGCCCUAGAAUGGCAAACAUUGUGCGCAGGAGGAUUGCUUCCAGCUUGCCCCCAAACAUGGGCGAAGCAAUUAAGAAGGUUGGAGCUCUCAGGAAGAAACUCAGACUUGUCGCACCUGGCAACGAAGAGGUCUGCGAUAAGUGGUCUCUCGAGGACUUUUGCACAAUGGAGGAGCGCGACAUGGAGGCCCUACUUGAGAGCUAUGCACCAGAUGUCGUUCCCAGUUUUGAUCAGGUUCGCUUAGGUGAAGAUCCUGACGUCUGGCAAUUCGAUGGCUCUUUUGGUUUCGCUGUCUAG